GUCAAGAAGAAGAACCAAUUAACCUUUAUUGGGUUAAAGAUAUAAAAGGAAUAACGGUUUGUCUUAAUCUGUUUAAAGAACAUGGUUUUGUCAGAUAUGUCAAUUGUAUUUUAGUAUCGUUGUCGUAAUAAGUAAAAAUGAAUUCAAAUUUUAAAAUGGUCGAUGGGAAAUUGGUAGAAAAAAUUUUAGAACAGGGCCAAAAGUUACGGAACGCUAUGGUAGAAUCAAUAUUAAAAAAUGAUCCUUUUAGCGCAGAACUUACUUCUCGUAAGCAUUAUACUACACCUCGUGACAGCUCUCUAAGUGUACCGAAGCAUGCAGAUAAAAUUGCAGAUUCAAAAUUGCUAGAAGCAUAUUUGAAUGGUGAUUAUUUAACAAGAGAACAAGAAACCAGUGCUAUGGAAACUAUAAGGACAAUGCCGGUUUUGGAAUUGUCUAACCAGACACAAAAAACUCUGCAUAAUGUGGGGAAGAUAUGUACUUGCACAACAUGCUUAGCAUAUAUGGAUACCAAUUUAAAUUGUGAUUUGCGGCGUAAUGAAGGGGAAAUAAUGAAACCUUGUAACAAUACUAACAUUCUUAAAUUUGUUGAUUCCCUUAAAGUAAUUUUGCAUGGUAUUCAAUUAAAUGAAACUGGGCUCAAAAGAAUUUCAAAUAAAGAACAACUUCAAUAUUCUGCUUUAAAUGAAUGUUACUUUCUGGAGUACAAAGUACCAGAUAUCUUAACAAAAAAAUUAAAAAAAUCUAAAGUUGAUUCUGGAUUGACCAACACUUCCGUUAGGUUCUGUUCAAGAAGGGUUGGAGAAUUUAUUCAACUAAGUCAAGUAUUUGUACAUGAAAUUUCGAAUUUACAUGAGUUAGAUUUGCACAAAUUAGAAAUGUGUUUUAAAAUAAGUUGUCGGAGCAAAAUGCAGAAAAUUUCUGAACCAUUUGGAGUUGCCAAAAUCUUUUUUUCUACUAUCGAGCAAGGAGAGAAUUUUUCUGUAACAAAGAAUAUUCCAAUUUAUAUCAGUGAAGUAUCUCCCAUAAUUGUUGGUCAUCUUAAGAUUACAAUACAAUUGGGAAGCAACAGACUAUAUUUUGGUAAAGAAUUUGUUGGGGCUGCUACCUUAAGUAAUAGGCAUUAUGAAACUGUACAUGAUAUAUGUCGGGAAUGGAAUGACUUUAAAAAACCUUUACCCAUAAAUAAUAAUGAAAAACUCAAGACUUCUAGCAAAGGAAAAAAGUCUCUAUCAGAUCACAAUGCUGAAACAAAAGCUACCCUACCUUCAAGGAGAUCAACUUACUUUGAUCUUAAUGAAACAGAUAUAGAUCUUAAGAAAGAAUUGCUUAUUGGCUUUGUUUACGUAUCUGAAGCUCAGUUUUUAAACCAAAUUACUAAUUCUUACAUAAUCUGUCAUCCUUUUUGCCAAAAUGAGUCCUCAAAUAGUCGAUUAGUUAAUAGCUCCUAUCCACUAUACAAUUUUUGUCAGAGGGUGCCUUUGAUAUAUGAAGAAAAUUUGUUGCUUCAGCUGCGUGAAAAUUUUAUGGUUCUUGAAUUCUGGAAGAGAGCUGAAGGCGCAGAUGCCCUAUUUGGUAUAACAAAAGUGCCCCUGCACCAAUUUUAUUUGGCUUACCGAAAUAGAACAAUUCUGCAGCAUUUAACAAAAAACAAACUACCUGUUAUUGGAACAGAUUGGUGGGAACCCAUAUAUUCUAUAGAUAAUGAAGAAUUUAUAGGCCAAGUUCAAAUCCUGAUAGCUUUAGGUACAGAAGAGCAGAUUGAAAACUUGGAAACUGAAAGAGGUUUUAAAGAAGACAUUGUAAAAGCAAGAUUUGCAUCUUUGCCACGAGCGAACUUGUCCAAUGGGAAGAAUUAUUUUAGGGACAAAGUCAUAGUUAAAAAGAAGCUGCAGGAUAAAUCAACAAACACAUGUCGAUCAUCAAACAGAGAUAAGAGUACAGUGACUAAAGCAGUCAACACCAUAGGGCUAAGAGAUAACCAUAAAUUUAAUAAAUGCGAUAUUGGUAUCCAAUCAGACAUUGAAGUAAAAAUGGAUGGCCAGAAAAAUCAAGUUUCAACAACUCAAGACAUGUUGGCUUCAUUUGUAAGUCUCCUAGAACAGAAAAGGAAGCCUACUUGUAUGGAAAGUGGCACAAACACAGAGACUAUGCGACAGGAAUCUAAUACUGCAGAAAAUGUGCUAAAAAAAAACCAAUUUCCAAAUUCAUUACAAAACACUUUAGAAGUUGAUGUAAAUCUUCCAGAAGUAAAGUUCGCGUCGAAUUAUUUCAAGGCCAGAGUUCACAUUAUAGGAGCAAAUCAGUUACCUAGCAGGAGAAGGUGCAAACCCAAAAAAUCAAAACACAAAACUUUUAAAAUGGAUGACAACAGCUUGCCAAGUACUUACGUCACUUUCGAGGCCCUACCAUCUGCAACUUUGCACAUUACUCCCGUAAUUACCAAAAGUGUGGCCCCCAUGUGGAAUUAUGAAUGCGACGUUGAUUUGCCAGCCGAAUUACUGACAAACGAUCAAACGAAGUUGAUUUUUAAAGUUUGGAAAAAAAGCAGCAACGUCGUGCUGCAGCCCAACAUGCAGACGGACGUGGUAGUCGGUUUCGCGGCCCUCGACUUGAGCGUCCUGCUCGCGGGACUGCCGAACGUCCGCGGCUGGUUCAACAUAAUGGAUUUUUCCGCAAAAUGCAACGGACAGCUAAACGUGCACGUGACUCCGUUAGAGAAUUUAUCGAAAUUUGGCAACGGCGCUAUCGGUUCCGUAUCGAUUGCAAAGGCGACGGAAAUCGGCGACGCCGUCGAUCGCGAGAACGAGCCGCUGAGCCGGGCGUUGAAACGCAAAUUCAUCGAACUGGACGAGAUCACUCAGAGGCUUCGUCUGCGACUGUCGGAAGUCGUGAGCGAAAACCCGGAAGACUCGAACGACGACGUGGUCGCGGAACAGUUCGAAAACGACAUCAACACGCUGUGCGUCGAGGAGGAUUUCGAUUUGGUCAAUUUCGACGACGAAGCCCGCAAAGGGGCUUAUAAAAAGGACGACGCGGAUUUCCAUAUACUAUCCCUGUCGUCCGACUCGAGCGAUCCGAUCCAUCGAACCGGCGGCGGCGGCGGCGGGUCGAGUUCCCCGCCCAGCGACGCGCGCCUGCGCGAAGGCAAGCAGCGGAUCGACGUCUUACUGGAGAAGCUCACUUUGAUCUCGGCCGAGACGAGUCGGGCGUUCUCGGAUCGAUACGUGUCCGGGUGUUCGGCCGAGAACGUUUUGAAGGGUCUCGAUCAUGACUCGAGGCCCAACAUUACUGCCGGAUCGAAUUUCGAUCCGUCCUUGUUUCAGCAGAUUUACAGCGAUGCCGCGUCGUCGACCGCGUCGCAGACCAGCGACAGUUUGGACACGGCGAAAGUUUCGGGAAGCGUCACGAGCGUCGCCACCGGUUUUUCCGAUUGCAGGGCGAAUCCGGACGGAAGGGGAAACGGCGACGAGGAUUGACGCCUCAAGCCUGUUUUAUUGUCUUUUUUGAUCGCGACGAUUGUUGUAAUUUUUAACACUGAAUAUAUAAGUCUAAAUACUU